AGGAUGCGCGGGGACGCGCCGCCGCCCUCCGCGCCCAGUUCCGCCGGCGUUUCCCUCGCGGCUGGCGGGCGCUGACUCUCCGGGCGCGGACUCUCCCGGGCUUCUCCGCCCUUCUAGCUUCCCGCAGCGCCGGGCGCCUCGGCCCCGGCCCCGGACCCCGCCGGCAGCUGCUCCUCUGGCCCCGGCCACGGCGCGGACCAUCAAUCAAUGCGUCGCGCUUGAGGGAACGGGCGGCUAGGCGCCUCGGUCGCAGGUCUCGCCUGCCUGGAGACGGCCGCAGCCGACAUGGGCUGUUUCUGCGCUGUUCCGGAAGAAUUUUACUGCGAAGUUUUGCUCCUGGAUGAAUCCAAGUUAACCCUCACCACCCAGCAGCAGGGCAUCAAGAAGUCAACGAAAGGUUCCGUUGUCCUUGACCACGUAUUUCGUCACAUAAACCUUGUGGAGAUAGAUUAUUUUGGGCUGCGUUACUGUGACAGAAGCCAUCAGACGUAUUGGCUGGAUCCUGCAAAAACCCUCGCUGAACACAAAGAAUUGAUCAACACUGGACCUCCAUAUACUUUGUAUUUUGGUAUUAAAUUCUAUGCUGAGGAUCCAUGUAAACUUAAAGAAGAAAUAACCAGAUACCAGUUUUUCUUGCAGGUGAAGCAAGAUGUCCUCCAGGGCCGGCUGCCUUGCCCUGUCAACACUGCGGCUCAACUGGGAGCAUACGCCAUCCAGUCUGAACUUGGAGAUUAUGACCCAUAUAAGCAUACUGCAGGGUAUGUAUCAGAGUACCGGUUUGUUCCUGAUCAGAAGGAAGAACUUGAAGAAGCCAUAGAAAGGAUCCAUAAAACUCUGAUGGGUCAGGCUCCUUCUGAAGCUGAGCUGAAUUACUUGCGGACUGCCAAGUCCCUGGAGAUGUAUGGCGUUGACCUCCAUCCCGUCUAUGGAGAAAACAAGUCUGAGUAUUUCUUAGGAUUAACUCCGGUUGGUGUUGUUGUCUACAAGAAUAAAAAGCAAGUGGGGAAGUAUUUCUGGCCUCGGAUUACAAAGGUUCACUUCAAGGAGACUCAAUUUGAGCUCAGAGUACUGGGGAAAGAUUGCAAUGAAACCUCAUUCUUUUUUGAAGCUCGAAGUAAAACUGCUUGCAAGCAUCUCUGGAAGUGCAGUGUAGAACAUCAUACAUUUUUUAGAAUGCCAGAAAAUGAAUCAAAUUCAUUGUCAAGAAAACUCAGCAAGUUUGGAUCCAUAAGUUAUAAGCACCGGUACAGUGGUAGGACAGCUUUGCAAAUGAGCCGAGAUCUUUCUAUUCAACUUCCCCGGCCUGAUCAGAAUGUGGCAAGAAGUCGAAGCAAGACUUACCCUAAGAGAAUAGCACAAACACAGCCAGCUGGAUCAAACAGCAUAAACAGGAUAACUGCAAACAUGGAAAAUGGAGAAAAUGAAGGAACAACCAAAAUUAUUGCACCUUCACCAGUAAAAAGCUUUAAGAAAGCAAAGAAUGAAAACAGCCCUGAUACCCAAAGAAGCAAGUCUCAUGUACCGUGGGAAGAAAAUGGCCCCCGGAGCGGACUCUACAACUCUCCCAAUGACCGCACCAAGUCACCAAAGUUCCCCUAUACGCGUCGCCGAAACCCCUCCUGUGGAAGUGACAAUGACUCUGUACAGCCAAUGAGGAGAAGGAAAGCCCAUAACAGUGGUGAAGACUCAGAUCUAAAGCAAAGGAGGAGGUCGCGUUCGCGCUGUAACACAAGCAGUGGUAGCGAAUCAGAAAAUUCUAACAGAGAACACCGGAAAAAGAGGAACAGAAUACGGCAGGAGAAUGAUAUGGUUGAUUCAGCGCCUCAGUGGGAAGCUGUAUUGAGGAGACAAAAGGAAAAAAAUCAAGCAGACCCCAACAACAGGCGAUCCAGACACAGAUCCCGCUCGAGAAGUCCCGAUAUCCAAGCAAAAGAAGAGUUAUGGAAGCACAUUCAAAAGGAACUUGUAGAUCCAUCUGGAUUGUCAGAAGAACAAUUAAGAGAGAUUCCAUACACUAAAAUAGAGACGCAGGGCGACCCGGUCCGCAUCAGGCACUCCCAUUCGCCGCGGAGCUACCGCCAGUACCGCCGGUCCCAGUGUUCGGACGGGGAGCGGUCGGUUCUCUCGGAGGUGAAUUCGAAAACGGAACUUGUACCGCCGCUUCCGGUGACCCGUUCUUCGGAUGCUCAGGGUUCUGGUGGCUCUGCAGUUCAUCAGAGAAGAAACGGGUCUAAAGACAGCCUGAUUGAAGAAAAGUCUCAGACAUCCACAAACAACCUAGCUGGGAAACACACAGCAAAAACAGUAAAAACUGUCCAAGCUUCCCGCCUCAAGCUAGAGACUUGAUCAUGGAGAAGGGCCGGGGAUGGGGGUGGGGAGGGUGUAUGUGCCACUGGUACUUUUGAAACUGUGAAUUAGGUUAUUUUAUUCAAAUAUCUUGGACCUGCAAGUAUUUCUUCAGCAACUUUUGAU